AUGCUCGAUUGCCUGGGGAGUACUGGCUUUUUCGGGCAGACCGCCCACCGAAAUGACCAAGGAUCGAUGACUCCGGACGUGUGGCUCGACGGAAAGCAUCAACACGAAUGGACGUCGUUCGUGAAGAGUCGACUGGAUUGUGCUAUUGAGGGCAAAGAUCAGGACACACUCUACUUCAAUCAGCUCGCCUCAGUGGCGCCUGGUGUGCAUUUCGUUUACGGGGCGUUCCGAUCUCAACUGGCCGGACUCGGUUCAUCGGCCGUCUGCGCCUAUUCGCGCAAUACUGUGUCACAACGAAUGGCAAGUGCCUUUCGAAACAGAAAGUCGGCCUGUCCUAGGGCUAACGACACUUAUGAGCACACUUACAUACGGAAUAAUCCGCUCAUUUCCACAAAGCUCAGCACCUCACCUCUAUUUGUACAUUACGGAACGGAUCGAUUUACUGAAUUUCUUGUAGAGGAAAAUGUUGUUGAUUUGGCAGGUCGCCAGAGUACGGUAUUCUUCAUAGCUACUGAUCAGGGGAAAAUAUUCAAAAUUGUCAAAGAUAUCCA